AAACGGCAAAUGAAUAAUAAAGUUGUACAUGCAACAUAUGUUUUAUCUGAAUGAAAUGAUUGAUAAACAGAAACGUUGCUAUAUCUUUUAUUAUCUGGAUCUAGGAAAGAUCGAUUGUUUAUCAUUCCCGCCAAUUAUCUUAAACAAAACAAUGCGAACACAUUUUUCAUUUUUGAUUCUGCACUUAAAAUGUUCUACUUAACGAAAAGAAAGAUUGAGUUCGAAGUAAACGGCUCAUCACUGAAUGAAGCUUGAAUAACGUACUUUUGUAAAUUGUUUAUUGUUUCAAGAGGAAUAACGAGUCUGUCAUACAUUCACACGGAUUAUGUAAACAUACUUAAAGUUAUUACUUUUGGAUACAUUGCUUUUUUUUAUAAAAAGUACUUUUCUAUUGUAACUGAAUCGCUUUUUUCUUAUGAUUUCGGACUAUAUUUACAUCUCGUAUAUUGAAUGUCAACAUGUACAAAGAUGGGGCUAAUAAAACUUGAUGACAUAUAUAGGAAAAUCCCACAGUGUUUAAUGAGAGAACGACAACAGUAAACAGAAAUUGAUAUUCCAUAUUGGUAUUUGUGUAUGCAAUAAUCCCGAGUCAAUACUAAUAAACGGAUACUGGUAAUCAACGCAAGUUAACUCAGUCAAAGGUACAGAAUGGUAUAAUUACAAAGUAAUGGAAAGAAAUAAAGACUUCUAACAAGGAAAUGGGCACAAAUGUCCUGUUUAUGUGCGUAAUGAUAUUUAUACCAGAAGUUGCAUAUGGUAGUUCAAACUGGCAAUACGGUGCUAUAUUAGACGCCGGAAGUAGUAGUACAAAAUUGAAAAUCUACCGAUGGCCUCCUAGAACUUCUUUAGAUUCCGUCUUAGACAUCAAACAAGUGGGUGAAAGUGAAAAAUAUUCUCCUGGAAUUUCAGACUAUGUGGAUAAAUUGGGAAAUAUAAGCAAUUACAUUGGAGGGAUGAUUGAAAGAGUCAAGGAAAUUAUACCUAAAAAUGUCCACAGUACUACAUCUUUAUACCUAUUAGCAACAGCAGGUUUACGCGUCCUUCCAGAAGACGAUGCAAGCGAUUUAAUGAAUGCGAUUCGAAAUGUGCUCCAAAACAAAACAUUAAAUCCAUUUGUUUUUAAUCCUUCGAAUGUAAGAAUUUUAUCUGGAGAAGAAGAAGGCGUGUUUGCCUGGAUAACCAUCAACUACCUCAAAGAUUAUUUUGGUUCUGAUAGACCUCAAUCACAGGCAGUUGGUGUUUUAGAAAUGGGUGGUGGAUCAACCCAAAUUGUAUUCCUACCUGAUGGUCCCCUGCUAGCCAAUAUGUUUCAGGUCCGUAUAGCAGGGAAAAGAUACAGUCUCUAUGCACAUAGCUAUUUGUUUUACGGACAAGAUUACAUGAUCUUCAGAAUAGGCAGAUACAUUAUUCAGCAAAAUCUUCAAUCGUCAUCUCAUCAAAAUCCAUGUAUGUUAAAAGGAGAUACAACAACAAUGAUAUAUAAAGGAGCUACACAAACAUUCAUUGGAGAAGGAAAUCCAUCAAAGUGCCUUACCAUUAUUAAUUCCUUCCUUAAAAGUGCCGCAGACGAUAUGUGUUAUCCUAAACCUUGUGCAAUUGGACGAACAUAUCAGCCUUCAAUAGGAACAGACAAUUUCUAUGCUAUAGCAGCCUUCACAUAUGCACCACGUUCACUAGGCACCGUAGAUUCUUCAGGGAAACUUAAUAUGAGUCGACUCAAUGAUACAGCGUUUAACUACUGUCAGAAGACUUUAACCGAUGCAACUACAAAUACGUCUAUCUCAGAAAAGUACGGCUCAGCGUAUUGUCUGAUGGGAUUAUAUAUCCCGGCAUUAUUAUCUGAAGCAUAUGGAUUUACUUCAGAAACUCAAAAAAUUACACUGAUUCAUAAAAUUAAAGAUAUUUCAGUUGAUUGGACAUUAGGAGCCAUUGUAUACGAAACAGAGGUGUUUGAAACCAAAUGUGGCACUUCAGCAGGACAUAUCUCAUAUCCUGACAUUUGUUUUAUAAAUAUUUUACUUUUAUUAACGUAUCUAAUAGUUAGAUGAUAACAGACAAUUGUUUUAUUAGUUUUCUAUAUAAUUGUAUUAUUUGUAAUUGUAGUAUGUAAAUAGAAUUAGAAAUGUAUAUGAAUUAUUAAAACUUUACACUUUCAUACAUAACUAUCAAAUAAAAUAUAUGCCUAUCCAAGUUAAAUU